GCUAACCGCCAGUAAAUCAAAACAAAGAGAAGAAGCUGCUUCUAGUAUGAAGUUGCAAAUGAGUGAUUUCAAAAAGCUGAAGAGACACUAAGACUUAUAAGCUGUCCAGUUGUAUGCGUUUGUACUUUUAAGCUUUGAACCGAAUUUUGUUCUGCCUUUAUUAAUAACUGUUAACACCGAAGUUGCUGUCAUUACAACUGUGUUCAUGUGACAGUUUUGCAUGUUGUGAGACGUUUCAGCUAGCUUGCUAGCUGCAGCUCAUUCUGGUGUCAAGAACUGUGAUAAUGUCUGUUCGACGGGCUCUGGUGGACUGUGCUGUUUUGUCUCUGCAAGGUGCUCGUGUGUUUUAUCCGUGUUGUAAAAACUGCUUCUCAAGGAUUGAUGUUGAACAGCAGGACACGGCGAGAUACAGAUGUUUCAAGUGUGGCCACAGCUGUAUGAGGGAGCAUGUUGAAUACAGGUAUCGUCUGUCACUGAGGGUGGCCCGGGACACAAGCAUAUUUGGAGUGACAGUAUUUGGAAGCUGCUUGAACCCGUUUUUUGGCAUUCACGCGAGUGGUUUACAGAGGCUGGUGGAGAACUCGGAUGGACCAGUUGGAGCAUCAACCAGGUCCGCAUUAUUGUUGAAGUCUGUCAAGGACUGUUUCAUUGGCAGACAUUUCAUCUUUGGUUUAAAGGUAACUGAAACAGAAAGUGUGCCUUGGUUUGGCUCUAGCAGUAAAGACACAGACAACUUUAUCGCCACUCAGAUGAUUCUCCCCAAAGCUACAGGCCUGGCAGGCUGCACGGUGGCCAGUUAUUAUGGGAUCCUUCUUCAGAAAGCUGCAGAAUAUGAGCAGGGAUUGACUGAUCCCAGCAAAACCUCCAGACCCCCAGCAACAACCCUGUUGCUGAUUCGUCAUCGUUCUCCAUCCAGCAGCUUCAAUAAUAGCACAUUUUGUUCCUCAGGUCUUCUUUCACAGGCACUGCUAAGAUCACAGUACCACGACUGCACCCUUACUCCCACUCCUCCAUGGCAACAAUCACUAGGACUGGUGACUUCAUCAGCAGAGCAGGAGGAAAGCUGCGGUACCCAGGACAGUGGAGAUGAGACCAGCACAACACUACAUCAUGCAGAGAGAGGCUACCUGGAGAACCGUAAAGCCGGAGAAGAGACAGUGCGGUCACCUCUUCUUUCUUUAGAGUGCAGUUCUUACGGUCUUCCAUUGUUUCCCAAACACCCACACUCAUCUAUUGAGAAUGCUAAUGGAAACACGGCCAUCAUCAACACUUGGUUCAGUCCCUCCCCACCUGGCCAAAACAUCUCCAAGAGGUUUUCUACCAGUCAACUCACUGAAACAUUUUUGAAAAGCUCUGUGGCUUGGGAGGAUUUGCCUUUUUCUGAGAGUCUUACAGACUUUUUGAGUGAAGAAAACAAAGAUUUUGAUGUUGUGCAUGAAACAGAGCCACAUCAACAUGUGGAAAAGCAGAACCUAAUGACAAGAAACAACCCAGAAUUCAGAUCACAAGCUGAGAACUUGUCAAUUCAGUCGAUUUCUGUUUGUCAGAAUAACACACAGAUAACAGAUGGCCACUCGCGGAUAUUAUUGGAUAUCACUAAUGCAUCUCCUUUGAAUGGAGUUGACAGACAUGAGUUGUCUGACCAGGUAUGUAAGUACCCUGCUGGAUGUGUAAACAAGAGUCGAGCCAGAAACAUUUGUUCUCAAGAUAAUAAGGAAGCUGGUUUGCUGUCUUUUGAAAACAAAGAAGAAGAGCAGCUUGAAGGGGAUACCUACAACUGUUCAGCAGACCUUUUCAGUGGUUCACUAGUGGUUGAUUUCAUCACAGACAAACCCAGCACAUGUGCAGAAUCUGUCACACCCAUAAUGAGCCCAGAAGCUUUCCCAGUGCUUUCCAAGCCAGACAGACUGCACCAGAGGAUCGAAAAGGUGAAUGUCCCACGUUCAAGACUGGACAAACCAAAACUGAUAAGUGAGAAAUCUGUUAAUAGAGACAGUUUAAUUCUGUCAGGCACACAAGAACUUGACUUCAUCCCUCCUUCUCAGUCCACCCCAAUUGUUAAAGCAGCUGUUGUGUCAAAGAUCAAAGAUCAGCAAAGAUCAUACAGAACCUUAACAUUAGGAUUCCAGCCAGACAAUCAAGAUUCUUUUGCUUUUGAAAAAAAGCUCCCUCAGUUGGACAGUCAAAGGCCAGUCAAAAUCACCUCUUCUGUCAGUAAAGUAAACAGUGAGAACUUGGUGUUUAGUUCAGUAUCCAGCAGACAUAACCACACAUUUACCCCCACAAGGUUCUGGAAACUAGACAAGCAUAAAAACAGUUUGCUGGAUCAGCAGCACCUGGAGGUCCAGAGAGGAGCCCCAAACACAGUCUCAACAGGAAGGAUCAAAUGUAACUCAAGUGACCAUGAUGUGACUGUGUGUGACAGUGAAGAAAUUAUUGUUUCCCAGACUCCAGCUGUGAAAACACAAGCGUGUGAGAAGCUCAGAAGAAGAAGGAGGAGGCUGAUAACUGAUGACAACAGGAGCGGUGAUUUGGGUUAUACUGUGGUACACCAGCAGGAAGAUGGAGUUAAUUGUAAAAUAACUCUGUUGGAUCAAACUCUCACGUCAUCGCAGAAAGGCCUGGCGCAAACAGGAAACUGUGACAGUGAGACUGUUGAGGAUCUGGGUGGAUCUAAUCAUCAUCUCCUUGUUGAUGAGAACGAGGUUUGUGAUUGGUCCAAAGAUCUGUUCUCCGACUCGAUCUGAGAGGUUCUGUUACAGGUGGAUUUUACGAAAUGUUUUAAUUUUAACAUAAUCCACACUGGCAGUCAAAGUUAUCUUAGAUCAAUGUUUGUGUUGAAAAGUAGUAUGACUGCUGCUACUAAUAGCACUACUGUUGCUGGAAAUCCAACUCUGUGCUGAAGGGUCUAAGGAUAGAGCACAUACUGUGCUGUAUAUUGUACAUUAAAGAUGGGGGAAUGACUAUUGAAAGGCACCCCAGGAAAAGCCUUACCUCCCCUUCUUCUGCUAUUUGCACAUUUAACAAUUUAUGAGUUCAGCUGCUUCAGAGCAAGCACACAGCCAUGCAGUCUUCACUGGCAAACAUUUACAGUAGAAUGAGUUUUUACUAUAGAGCUUAGCACCCAACUUAUGCAGUCUUUCCAGAAGAGUGAAUACUGCAAAGCUGGGACAACUCUUGAUGACCAUGCUUUUGGGAGGAAAUAUCUUGAAAUAUCUCAUAUGGCUUUAAUGUUUGGAUGUCCGCAUACUUACAGAGACUGUAAAGUAAUUCGGUCCGUCAUUGGAAACAUCUCAGUAACGAAAUCCUUGAACAUUCAGGUGUGUCAUUUUUACCUUGUCUGAGGUAUGUGGGCACAUGACACAUGAUGCUGCUCCCACACUGGCAUCACUGCUGGCAUUGCCCACUUUCCCCCAGGGAUCAAUAAAGUAUUCUGAUUCUGAUUUACCAGUACUCUGUCUGUUCUCCAUUGGUCUGUAAAAUGAAAGUAUGUGUAUGGCUGGGUCCUGCUGCUACAUCUGAAAUUCAUUUAAAUCAAAAUAGUAACAUUUAUCACAGACAUUUAUUUAUUCGACAAGGACAUGGCACUUUCAUAACCCCAAAGCAAACGAGAUGCUCUGUCAGACUUGAAUGUGCUCCAGUCUAAUUUUGAUUGCUCUGCUCCACAUUACUUGUGUUGCCAGCAGAAUCCUGAAAGUGGCUCGCUGUUCUGCUGCUACUGUGUGUGUUUUUACAAGGGUGUUAAUGCAGGGAUGAGUGUGUACAGUGUCAUGCCAAGGAGCUAAGAAUAGCAGCCACCAAAUAUCAUCACUGCAAUUUUCUGCAUGUAUGAGUUAAAGAGAGAGGGAGCACAAGAUGAAGAUGGAACAAGGACAAGAUGUUAACAGCUGGAGCUUUGUACUGGAUGUGUUGCAGAAGCAGGGCUGGUAUGUAGUCAGCUGGGUAUUUUGCUAUGUGUCUGCGUGUCUGUGUGGAUGUUUCAGCAUCCUAUUUGGUUGAUGGUUUUUAUUUAAAGUGCCAUGUGUACAUUUUUAGCGUUGGUACUCUUGAUCUCGGAGUACCUCUGAGGUACGCAUGUAAACUAUUUUGUCAUGAUACUAAGUGUCGUGGCCAUUUAUUAAGGGCUUGAAGCCAGAGAGGCAGUUUAAGUUUACCAAGAAAAGGCUCUUGGAACUUGUUUUUUAGUCCUACUUCUCUGGCAAUGUGUCUCUGGGGAUGGCAGUGUCAAAAUAU